AUGCUGUUUUCCAGGCGAGGAGGCCUGGUAGCCCGGCGUCUGCUGCUCUCGCUUCUGCUUCUCGCAGCCUGGGAGGCGGGGAGCGGCCAGCUCCACUACUCGGUCCCCGAGGAGGCCAAACACGGCACCUUCGUGGGCCGCAUCGCCCAGGACCUGGGACUGGAGCUGGCGGAGCUGGUGCCGCGCCUGUUCCGGGUGGCGUCCAAAGCCCGCGCGGACCUUCUGGAGGUAAAUCUGCAGAAUGGCGUUUUGUUUGUGAAUUCUCGGAUCGACCGGGAGGAGCUGUGCGGGCGGAGCGCGGAGUGCAGCAUCCACCUGGAGGUGAUCGUGGACAGGCCGCUGCAGGUUUUCCAUGUGGAAGUGAACGUGAAGGAUAUUAAUGAUAAUCCCCCGGUGUUCAGAAGCAGAGAACAAAGGAUAUUCAUUCCUGAAUCUAGACAGCUAGAUUCUCGUUUUCCGAUAGAGGGCGCUGCUGAUGCAGACAUUGGAGCCAACGCUCUUCUAACGUACACCCUCAGCCCCAGUGAUUAUUUCUCUUUGGAUGUACAGGCAAGUGAUGAACUAAGUAGAUCUCUUUCGCUUGAAUUGAGGAAAUCUUUGGAUAGAGAAGAAACACCAGAACUUCAUUUAUUAUUGACAGCCACUGACGGAGGCAAACCAGAGCUGGAAGGUACAGUUCAGCUGCUGAUCACUGUGCUCGACGUUAAUGAUAAUGCCCCACUGUUUGACCAGGCCAUGUACAGAGUUCACUUACUAGAGACUACGGCAAAUGGAACAUUAGUGACCACACUAAAUGCCUCCGACGCUGACGAAGGUGUAAAUGGUGCAAUUGUCUUUUCCUUAGGCAGUGAUGUUUCUCCUAACAUUCAAGAAAAAUUCAAAAUUGAUUCCAGGUCAGGAGAAAUUAGAGUAAUUGGUAAACUGGAUUAUGAAGAAACGAAAUCCUACGAAAUUCGGGUAAAGGCAGUUGAUAAAGGAAGUCCUCCCAUGUCAAAUCACUGCAAGGUUUUGGUGAAAGUGCUGGACGUAAAUGAUAAUGCCCCCGAGCUGGCGAUCACUUCGCUGUCUUUGCCCAUCAGAGAGGACGCUCCACUCAGCACCGUCAUCGCCCUCAUCACGGUGUCCGACCUCGACUCAGGUGUCAACGGGCAGGUUACCUGUUCUCUGCCGCUCCAUGUCCCAUUCAAGCUGGUGUCCACCUUCAAGAAUUACUAUUCGCUGGUUUUAGAUAGUGCUCUGGACCGCGAGAGCGUGUCGCUCUAUAACGUGGUGGUGACAGCGCGGGACGGGGGCUCGCCUUCGCUGUGGGCCACCGCCAGCGUGUCCGUGGAGGUGGCCGACGUGAACGACAAUGCGCCGGCGUUCGCGCAGCCCGAGUACACGGUGUUCGUGAAGGAGAACAACCCGCCCGGCUGCCACAUCUUCACGGUGUCGGCGCGGGACGCGGACGCGCAGGAGAACGCGCUGGUGUCCUACUCGCUGGUGGAGCGACGGGUGGGCGAGCGUGCGCUGUCGAGCUACGUGUCGGUGCACGCGGAGAGCGGCAAGGUGUACGCGCUGCAGCCGCUGGACCACGAGGAGCUGGAGCUGCUGCAGUUCCAGGUGAGCGCGCGCGACGCUGGCGUGCCGCCUCUGGGCAGCAACGUGACGCUGCAGGUGUUCGUGCUGGACGAGAACGACAAUGUGCCCGCGCUGCUGGCGUCUCGGGCUGGAGGCUCUGGCGGUGCGGUGAGCGAGCUGGUGCCGCGGUUGGUGGGCGCGGGCCACGUGGUGACGAAGGUGCGCGCGGUGGACGCCGACUCGGGUUACAACGCGUGGCUGUCGUACGAGCUGCAGCCGGCGGCGGGCGGUGCGCGCAGCCCGUUCCGCGUGGGGCUGUACACGGGCGAGAUCAGCACGACGCGCGCCCUGGACGAGGCGGACGCUCCGCUUCAGCGCCUGCUGGUGCUGGUGAAGGACCAUGGCGAGCCGGCGCUGACUGCCACGGUCACCGUACUGGUGUCGCUGGUGGAGAGCAGCCAGGCGCUGAAGGCCUCCUCUAGGGCGUCGGCGGGAGCCGCGGGCCCAAAGGUGGACUUGGUAGAUGUCAACGUGUAUCUGAUCAUCGCCAUCUGCGCCGUGUCCAGCCUGUUGGUGCUGACGCUGCUGCUGUACACGGCGCUGCGGUGCUCGGCGCCGCCCACCGAGGUCGCGUGCGGACCUGGGAAGGCGACGCUGGUGUGCUCCAGCGCGGUGGGGAGCUGGUCGUACUCGCAGCAGAGGCGGCAGAGGGUGUGCUCUGGGGAGGGGCCGCCCAAGACCGACCUCAUGGCCUUCAGUCCCAGCUUACCUCCCGGUCUGAACACGUCGGAAAGAAAUGAACAUUCAGAAGCAAAUUGGGAUAUUUCCGGUAAUGUAAGUUCAACUUUUGAGCUUUGGUUUUAUAAGAUUUUUUUAUAUUUAACUUAUCUAACCAUCUUUUCAAAUGUCACUUAA